GCUCAGUUGCUGUCGGUCUCAAGCAAAUGUUGGCGCACCGCUAAACGUGAAUAAUCUGAAAUAGCAAAAAAAAAAAAGAAAUAAAUAAAAAAACAAAAAAAAAAAUUAAUACAUCAGAAAUCAAAAACUCAACGAAAUUUCAAGUUACAGUCCCGGUUCAUUAGAUCAAUUGAAAGUGAUUUUUUGUGGUGCCAUUGUUGUUGUUGCUGCUGCUUUUGAGGCUGGGUCUUGUGGCAGCGAAGGUCUUUUGCAAUUAAAGCCGUUAAGCGAUACGAAAUAGCUGUGAUCAAAGCUGAAAAUGAAAGUGCUACAACGUUUACUGUUAAUCGGCUGCCUGAUUGGUAGUCUGGUCAGCGCCCAGGACUACCAGGAUUAUCAGCCGAGUGCACCCAGAGCGGCGCCGCAUAGACUGCACGCACAGGAGGAGACGCGACCCACGCCAGUGCCCAUUCUCAAACAGAUCAACAAGCACAAUGAGGAUGGCUCGUAUACGUACGGCUAUGAGGGUGCCGAUGGUUCCUUCAAGAUCGAAACGAAGCUGGCCACGGGCGAGGUGAAGGGCAAGUAUGGCUAUGUGGAUGCCGAUGGCAAGGUGCGCGUCGUGGAAUACGGCGCCAAUAAGUACGGCUUCCAGCCCUCGGGCGAGGGCAUUACGGUAGCGCCACCCACGCUGGUCGACGAGUCCACCAAGGAGGAGCCCGACUACGAUGAGGAGCCCGUGCAGCGACCACAGCGGCCCUAUCGCGUGCAGCGGCCACAGCAGCAGCAGCAUCAGCCACGCCCACAGCCCGCACCACGCCCACAGCCGCAACCGCAGCCACAGUAUGUGCAGUAUGARGAGGAGGAGCCGGAGCCACAGCGCCGCGUUCAAUAUGCACCGCAACCACAGUCGCCGUCAGUGGGUCCAGCUCCGCCACGCCUCCAGGUGCCCGGCGCCCAGCGCACCACAGACGUGCUCUACUCCCCGCUUCAGCGUCCCGCUCGCCCCGAGCCCGAUUACACACAGUCGCAGAGCUUCGGCGAUGGUCCCUCCAAUGUGCGCGUCUCCCGGCCCGUCUAUGCCCUGCCGCCCGCCUCGCCGGCGCCCAGCAGCGCACGUGCCCAGGGCUUCCUGGCACCCGCAUCUGGCGGCCGGCCACUGCUCGAGCCGGUGCGCUUCGGACCCAGCCAGGGCCCCAGUGCACAGCCCGUGCAGCAGCCCCAGCCCCAGCCCCAGCCACAGCGCAGCUACCAGCCGCAGGCCCAGGGACGUGUGGGCGGUGGCGGCGGAAGUCUUCUGGAUCAGCUGGCACGCGAUUAUGCCUUGCCCCAGGGCAAUGCACAGCCGUUGCACGACAUUACCUUUGGCUACUACUAGAAGUGGCCUGAGGACUUGGUAUUUGGGGUAGUGAGGCGGCGCAUCAGCCGCUACUUUGAGUCAGGUGCAUAUAAUGAUUAUUUGAUUAGUAAACCCCAUACCCA